AAAUAUUUUACUGAAAUAUUGGGCUACCUGUCCACUUUCCUGAGCUCUCUGGGUCUCGACUCUCCACUGUCCUGGCCUUGCCGCCGUCUGAGGAAGCAAUCACUUAAGGUACAGCCAUGGGAAGGGUAAAACAUCAAUUGAUUCGUUUUAGUCAAAAAGGAGAUGGGAAAGAAUAUCUGUCAAAGCUUCCACUGAGAUCCCGUAGGCAUACCAGCGGAAGCGAAAGGGUAACCAGCCGGCAAACAGACAUGGUAUGGGUCCCCUGAGAGGUAACAAGCCAGGGGACCCUCAGGUUGCAGGCAGGGGAUGAACUUGAGUGGCUAUGAGUGGCUCCCCAUGUGCAUUCCCAUCUUACCUUCCAAACACUUCAAUUACCUUCUGUCUCCUAUUAUCGCUCUUCCUGUAUGUGAGUGCUAUGGUGUCCGAAUCCAAUUCAAGGUAGAUUUGGGUAUAUAGACAGACACAGAAGAGAUAAAAUUCAGGAGACAAGAAUGGUGGAGUAGUCAUAUUUCACAUGAUGUCAACCUUUUGAAAGAAAUAGAGGUUGUAAAUGAGGCUUUUGAUUGCUUUAAUACUUUUCAUUCCAGUCAAAAGAAGCAACUUUUGAUGCAUAAGGGGCCCAUGAAAUUCGACUUUGAGAGAUCCAGAAAAAGUUUGAUUCCACCCAUACAAUUGACUUGUUUGAAUAAAUCCCUCGUAAAGUAUCUUUCAAUUAUGUUUAGGUUAAUUAGGGAUGUAUGUGGCAACUACCUUGUGAUCUUUUUGUCCCAUAAACCCUUUUCAUUUCAUCUCAAACUCCAUGUAGAAAACUUGAGAUAAGAAAAGAAGGAAAAGUUGUAAACCAAAAAACAUAUACCAGUUUCCUUUCUGAAAAGGUGGUUUUUUGUGUAUAUGAAGCUCUAGAAGCUUGUUAAAUUUGAUAGUAAGUUUGUUUUUAGAGAUCUUCAUUGAUAAAAAAUAUAAUAAUAAUAAUAAUAAUAAUAAUAAUAAUUAAAAAUUAAAAAUUAAAAAAAAUGUUUGUUUUUAGAGACUUUUGACGGAAGUUGAUUGGGGCAAUUAUGAUACCCCAUAUGAUAAGGAUAAUGGUAGGUGGUGUAUGAGAUCUCAUAUUACUUGAGAAUGAAAAGUUAUUGCUCUUUAUAAGGUUUCAAUGAUACUCUAAUUGUAUUACUGACUAGUCCUUUUAAAGUAUAGAUCAUGUGAUUUGGGUCUUCCAUUAAGACGUUACAACUAUUCUCUUGGAAAGUAUUUAAUUUGUACGGAUUCUAUGUAAUUAUUAAAGAGGACUUGAAGGUUUGUCUAUGCAAAUCUGAAGGAAGGAUGAGAGAAAAGAAGAGAAAACAUGGUAAUUGUGGACAGGAAGGACCAAAGUUUUUAAAGGUGCUUUUCUUUCUAGUAUUAGUCACCCUCUGUUCCCAGUCUCCUCCGUUAUUCACGCCUGUCUCUCACUUCCAAUUUCACACUUUUCUCUUCCACUGCUGAAACAAAAACAAGAAAAAGCUCCAUCUCCAUUGCAUUCCAUAGCAGAGAGAGAAUAAAAGCCAAAACUUCCUUCACUUUCUUUCUUUGACACCAAGAGAGAAAAUGUCCGAAUUUUCUUUCUCAAGUACCUUCAAGAAGACAGGAUUCUCCAGUCUUCUCCUCUUCGACUUAAUCCAAUUUUGUUUCUUCAUUCUCUCCCACCCUCUUUACUUCUGUUACUUCAUCUUCUUCUCCCCUUAUCUUCUAAAGCUCCUCUCUUUCCUCUCUCCUCUCCUUAUCACAACCUUUCUUCUCCUCCUUGUUCUUCUUACUGUCUCUCCCAAACUUGUCCAAGAGUACUCUCACUCUGAAUCUUCAGAAUCCAAAGUGGCUUCUCUUGUUAGUACAUCUCGAACUCUUUUCGAAAGAUUACAACCAAAAGUGGACGAUGGAAAUGAAGAUUUUCAACAAUUUGAGGAGCUUGAAGUGUUUAAGAUUGUGUUUGACAAAUCUACAUUUGAAAUUGGAGAGGCCCCCGUUGAAGUUUUGGAAUGGGAAGUCAAAGAAGUUUGCUCAGAAGCAUAUGAAGCACCGGUUGACAAGAGUGUGGGCUCUGGAGGCAAUUGUAUUAGUGGAUUGGAAGCUCUAACUGGAAAUACUGAUGCAUAUCAGGUUCCGACUACACAGCCAGGAAUCACUCAACAGAAUGUGGAAGUGAAGAGAUUAGAAUGCUUUUUUCAAGAAGAGAAUGGGUUGGAAACUAUGUUUUGUGUAAAGGAAGAGAAAGAAAUCAACCAACCAGGCAUAGAGUUCUAUGAAGUGGAAGAAGGAAAAGAAGAGCCAUCCAUGAGAAACGGAUCAAAGGCAAUGUAUGAUAAAACAAAUGACAGUACUACAUUGAGCACCAACUACAGAAAAGAGGAUGAUCCCCAAGUGAUGGUAAACUCGCAGAGACUUGGCGCAAGUAUGGGGAGUCCAAGAAAUGUGGGAGAGUAUUCUUCAAAAUUUAUGGAGAAUUCUGAAGAAUUGGGCUCGAAACUUGGAAGUUUUGGUUCGAUGAGGAAAGAGAAGGAAUGGAGAAGGACAUUGGCAUGCAAGCUUUUCGAGGAGCGACACAAUGUAAAUGGAGGUGAAGGGAUGGAUAUGCUUUGGGAGACAUAUGAGACAGAAUCGAAAAAGGUGCAGGGAAGAAUCAACAAAAAGAAGAAGUCAGGCAAAUCGGUUGAGUAUGAGGAGGAUGAGGUGGAAGAGGAAGACAUUGAUGGGCAGUUGUGCUGCUUACAGGCUUUGAAAUUCUCAGCAGGGAAGAUGAACUUAGGAAUGGGAAGGCCUAAUCUUGUCAAGUUCUCCAAGGCACUGAAAGGGAUAGGAUGGUUGCACCAUUUUGGCAGGCAUGGCAAGAAGGGUUACCACUGAAUCAAAUCAAUUUAACUUUGUCAAAAUGUAUUAAUGUUUCAAGGAUCACAGGUAAAUAUUGCCUCUUGUUUUUUUUUUUUUUUUUUUUUAUGUGUUUUCUUCCUCUCAAUUUGGAGACUUUCCAUUGUGGAACAAUCAGCAGCAAAUGUGCUACAUGAUGUAUUACAGAGAGAGGCUCCAGCAUUUUGCCUCUGGUUCUGACCAAAAGAGGAGAGAUAUUCAGAGAAAAUAUGUGCACUGGUAAUGGUGUUAGAGCCCUUUUAAUCUUA